CUCAGCUGCACAUGUGGACUACUACUAGUAGGUUAAGACUUAACUUUGGUACACUGGUACAUUUGAUACUACCUGCAAUACAAAUGGGAUGUUACUAUUAGGCACACCAUCCUAGCGACGCUCCAUCACCCCCACAACCUUGGAAGCUCAGACUUUAGUGUAGGUAGGUUCGCUACUGGGUAUCAUGUACCUACGUAAGCCGGGGUACGGGGCUUUGAUUUAAAAUGACAUAAGGCAAGGUACAAUACCAAACUUACCUAGUAAGCUCACAUCCUAAAGAACAUCAAUGCCUCUUAACCUUAUCCGUUCCAAUAUAAACCUUUCAUCUUCCUUUGGAAUGGCUUCAUCUUCUCCACCAGCAAAACAUGGGACAGUCCCUGUCAGAUGAGGCUAGGCCUCCUUCCAAAGAGGAAAUUACAGCAGACCUGGCAGAGAAGUUCGCUCGCAAAUGUUUCGAGCCUCUCGAGCUUUAUUCCUUCAAACACAACUUCAAAUCGCUCGCCGACCACGAACAAAAUGUGCGCUAUCUUAAGGAGGAUAGUAUUGCCCGUUUUCUCGAGCUUCCGGACAUACUCGCCGUCUCGCCCGUCGUGUUUCACAUGCUGUCGUAUAUCGGUGCCUUCCCAUUCCUCCAAGAUGCCCCGGUUAUCCUGGGCUUCGAACAGAUGAUUAUGGCUGUCGCUAUUAUGACCGAGCGAUAUGCUAAGAUAUUAGCGAGAGGCAAUAGUAGCAGAAGGAAAUUGCUUUUCAAGAGCCUAGCCGUAUACGACCGAAAGCUAUCAGAGAUCGAGAAGCAGCAGAAUAGCACAGGUAUAUCGGAGCGAAAUACUAGCAGUCACGUGCCUGGGUUUGCCGUUGACGAGGCCGGCGACGAACUGGACGACGAUGCAGCGGACGACGACGAGCUUGUCUUGGCUGCAUUGGACUCUCUGGAUAUGGACGAUGCUUUCAGAGCGGGCGAUUCGCACGCCGCUACUACGCAUGGGGCCAUGAUUCCUGCAGACAACUUUAGGAAGCUGAUUAUGCUACUGCUUCUAGUAUCUCCGUUGGACGCGCAGGAGCACCUCUCUAGCUACGCGCAUCGGGUUACUGGCACGGAUCUCGAAGAUCUGAGGGCCACAGCCGAGAAUAUUUUGUCAGCCUUCAUCAAUGUGGAGAAAUCCCCUGGUAUCACAUAUCCCCAGUUCAAGAAUGUUCUCCCAUCCAGUUUCCCCUUUCUUUUUGACGGAUUCAAUCCCCUUUUCGAGCACUUCCUUUUUGCCAAGGACCUCGACUUCUCUAGAAGAAAAGAUGGCAUGUCUAAGACCAUAUCCCCAGCGGUCGUACAACCUCCCCUGCUUCAAGGGAGUGGCCAGAUUCUAAAUUUAAGUAUUUUGUCUCAAUUGUCGUUCUUCAUUAGUGGGAACGAACUAUUCCGGCGUCUGCGCUUGCUAUACUCGGGCUCGGAAGCCGGGUUCUCGAUGGGUAGUUUUGAAACAAAGGUUUUCAACUGGCGUGCGCCGACUAUCCUACUGGUAUCCGGGACUAGGCUUUCGGAUACUCCCAACCAUGGUGGAUCAGAAGGGACAUUUAAUGACUCUCUACCCCCGAAACGGUUUCCGAAUGGAAGCCCGCCGGAUCGCGACCGCUUAGUGUUCGGGGCGCUUGUCAGACAACCGUGGCGACACACCCACAGGGAAUGUUUUGGAGGCGAGGAUAUGCUGCUAUUUCAGCUUGCCCCAAUUCACGACGUUUUCCCGGCUUCCAUUAUAAACCGCGACUAUGUAGCGUUUGCGAAACCACCGAUCACGAAUCCGGGAAUCAACUUUGGUUGCCCACAUCCAAGGGUGAGCCAGUCCUCGCGCCACCAGUCGAUCCGACAUCUGGGACCUGUGUCGCUUGUCGUCGAUUCGAGCUUUGAGUUUGGAGUCUUUACCCACGACUACGCAUCCCGCGGCGGCGCAUUCGCAACUAGCGCGUCUCGAAAGUACAAUUUCCAGGAACGCUUCCAAGUCGACGAAAUUGAAGUGUGGGGUUGCGGUGGCGACGAAGAGGCAAGGAUACAGAGAGAGAAGUGGGAAUGGGAGGCCCGGGAGGCCGAAGCCAGGAGAAGAGUCAACUUAGGCACGGGCGAUAUUGCCGCGGAUCGAGCGUUACUCGAAAUGGCAGGGCUGGUCGGAGCUAAUAGGAGUGGGGGUUCUAUGGCCUGAUUUACAACAAGGCUGAAAGAAGGCGGCGUUAGAGGUCGUAGGCGUUGACUGUAUAGCUCAAUAGCUUUCAGGGGCUUAGAUCUACCAUAUGUGCAACAGACAAUUUCAGGCGGUUGAACCUAACUUAUUGCUUGGUAUAUACAAUGGCACGAGGUAU